CUCGGCCCCGGUCCCGCCCCCGCGGAGCGGCGCGGCCAGAAGCGCGGAGCGGCGCGGAGCGCGGAGCAGCUGCGGAGAUGCUGAGCCCUCCCUGGACGCGAUUCUACUCCAACAGCUGCUGCCUCUGCUGCCAUGUCCGCACCGGCACCAUCAUCCUCGGCGUCUGGUACCUGAUUAUCAAUUCAGUGGUUCUGAUGAUUCUGCUGAGUGCCCUGACUGACCCUGACCAGUACCACCUCACCAGUGCUGAAUUAGGAGGGGAAUUCGAGUUCAUGGAUGAUGCCAAUAUGUGCAUUGCCACAGCCAUUUCUCUGCUCAUGAUUCUGAUCUGUGCCAUGGCCACGUAUGGAGCAUACAAGCAACAUGCAGCUUGGAUCAUCCCCUUCUUCUGUUACCAGAUCUUUGAUUUUGCUCUCAACACGUUGGUUGCCAUCAGUGUGCUCGUCUAUCCCAGCACAAUCCAGGACUACCUCCGCCAGCUGCCCUCCAACUUCCCCUACAAAGAAGAGAUCAUGUCUGUGAACCCUACGUGUCUGGUGGUGAUUAUCCUCCUCUUCAUUAGCAUCAUUUUGGCUUUCAAGGGUUACCUGAUCAGCUGCGUGUGGAACUGCUACCGCUACAUCAACAGCAGGAACAACUCGGACGUGCUGGUCUACAUCACCACCAACGACACCGCGGUCCUGUUGCCACCAUAUGAUGACCCUGCCAGUGGAGCUGCUAAAGAGCCACCCCCACCUUAUGUGUCAGCAUAAAGUGAGGAGAGUGCUGUGGACCCAGGGAGGACAGCUUCACUUUGCAGACACUGGAGCAAUAGUUUGAUAAGUUCACUUCCAGGAGAUGACCUCUGUUGUUUUGCUGACAUAACAGAACCUAAGUUGUACAAUUACAGAUCAUGUAGAUAGUUUUGACUGAUUGGCUGCACCUGCAGCAGUGGUUCAGAUCCUAGUGACCUACAUUCUGGGUAGCAUUAAGGUUGCAGUAGUCAUCAAAGAGCUUUUUUCCACCAUGCCUGACAUGCAGUGUUUAGAGAACAUAGAACUUUGCAUUCUCAGUCAGGUUCAGAUUCUACCUUUUGGGCUUUGUUUUCUUUUUCUUUGUUUCUAAAAACAUCCAAAGCAUUGCAAAUGUCUUUCUCAGAUGCCCACUUCCACCUUCAGAAUACAGCUCAAGUGCCCCAAAAUUCCCAUCAUAUUCCACUGCAUUCCUGCUCUGCAGGAUGAAGGAUGCAGAAGAAGGAUGAAGACUGCAAUAAGAAUCACAAAAUGGUAGGGGCUGGAAGGGACCUCAGCAGCUCCUCCAAUCCAACCCCUCUGCCAGAGCAGCUUCACCCAGGGCAGCUCACACAGGAGCACAUCCAGGUGGGAUUAGAAAGGCUCCAUGGGAGGAGACUCCACAGCCUCUCUGGGCAGCCUGCUCCAGGGCUCUGCCACCCUUACAGUGAAAAAAAUUCCCCUCCUGUGUCUGUGGCAGCUCCUCUGCUGCAGCUGGCACCCAGUGCCCCUUGUGCUGCCCUUGGCCAGCCCUGAGCAGAGCCUGGCUGCAUCCUCCCAACACUGCCCUGCACAUCUUGAUCAGCAGCACUGGGGGCAGCCCUCAGGCUCCUCUGCUGCCAGCUCCCAGCCCCAGCUCCCUCAGCCUAUGCUCAGCAGGGAGAUGUUCACUGCCUGCAGCAGCUUUGUGACUCUGUGCUGGACUCUCUGAAGCAGUUCCCUGAGGUUCUUGAAGUGAGUGGCCCAGAACUGGACACAGUAUUCCAGAUGCAGCCUCAGCAGGGCAGAAUAGAAAGAGUCUUAUUGCAGUAUUCUCAUCAACCUGCCUAAUGGGAAACAGAUUUACUUGGGGAGGAUGGGAAAAGGGAGUAGAUAAAGCACUCUGAGAUGUAUCAAGCCAGAACCUGUGGUCUGCAUGGGCUCACUUUGUCCCAGCCUGCAACCACCCCAGCAUUCAAAAGGAAGAAGAGUUCUUCCCAACUUCUGGCUCAUUUUCUUUUCCUGCCUGCACACCUUUCUCCCCAGCAACUUCCCAAGCAGCAUUUUGAGGUCACAAACCCCCUGCUUCUAGAGCCCCGUGGCAAUACAACUGCCUCUUUCACACUUGAUCUGUGCUUCUUUUCCCCCUGCUGUGUGCCUGUAAACACUGCAGUGUCCUACUGAGUGUCACUGCAAUCCUUGCAGGUUCUAAGCUCUGAGUUCCCAACCAGUGGGAGGCUUCUGCAUGGAACCUCCUGCAGCAUCAGCAGCCAUGCUGUGAGUGUCUCUCCUCCACAUCAGCGUGGGGAGGGGAGGUUUGCUUUCUGCCUGGACUGGCUGUGCUCAGAAUCUGUCUCCUGGGCCUCCUCCACCCAUGGCUGCUUGUGUGAGCUGUGCAUUUAUCUCCUCCCCAGAGAAGUGCCUCCUGAACAUGUAACUUUUUGUGGUCAGUGAAGGUUCUACUGCUAAUGGAGAAGGGACAGGGAAAGGGAAUCUGUGUCUCUACCUCUCAUUGUUUCCCACUGUGUUGUCUCCUCUGUGGCUGGGGGGGGCUGAACAGUCUGCAGCUAGCCCCAUGCCAUUGCAGCCUGUGCCACAGGGAAUUGGUUGUGGCAAUUAAUGAGGCAGGAGUGAUAAAAUAAGUGUGUCCAGUUCUGGGCUCCUCAGUUCAAGAGAGAUGUUGAGGUGCUGGGAGGUGUUUGGAGAAGAGCAGCAAGGCUGGGGAGGGGCCUGGAGCAGAGCCCUGUGAGGAGAGGCUGAGGGAGCUGGGGGGGUGCAGCCUGCAGCAGAGGAGGCUCAGGGCAGA